AAUCCACCCCAAACCACAGGGAUUCCACUGGGUUUUCACCCAUGUCUCCCCACCCGUGGAAUAAAACCAGUCGUCUCAGUCUUCUCGGCUCGAAAGAAAAAGGAGGAGCGGGCGAGAGCGGCGGCGGCGCCGACGCCGAUAGGGAAGAACUAGGCGACGGCGAGGGGCCGGAGCGGGCGAUCUCUCCAAGUCAGCAGCAGAUCUGCGACCCUCUUCUUCCAUCCCCGGCGCGAGCUCGGCGGCCGCACCAACCUACUCCGGUGGCCCUCCCCAACGUUUCUAUGCCGGCCAGCUUCACCGCCUCACAGCUGCAGCAAGACCCCGCUUGGGGCAGCAUCGUGAAGACUAAGUGCAUCAAUCACUACGGCCCCUAGAGGUUUGGUUCCAGUGGAACCGAACAAAGCCUUAGGGGUUUGCUAUUUCGUUAGCAAGGCGGAAAAAAUGACUGAAAAAGAAGUUGAAGAGUGGAAUUGUAGAUCCUUGUCGAGACUUUCGUGGUAUGUGACUUAAAAUUAGAGACGAAACGUCGAAAGGAGGCGCAAAGUAUCUUCCUGUAUGCUGCAGGGCUGGGCACAUGAGAUCGCCCUAGCCAGCCGCCGCCUACCCAAAAGCUAGGGUUUCUCUCCCUCUUGUUGGUGCUUUUGCCGGCCCGCCCCGUCUCCUGUGGCCUUAGUGUCAUGGGGGUGGAGUGGAUCCUGGCCCUUGCCGGUGGGAGGGUUUUGUUUUUAGAUUUUUUUUCAAGAUUUGUUAGGGUUUGUGUCCUAUUCAAAAAGAUGAGAUGGCGGGGUUUCCCCGCCUAGCCCCGUUUCGAUGAUGCGUCUAGCAUCGUCGGUGCAUGUGGAGGUGUGUCUUUGGUGGAUUUGAUCGGAUCAGUUCGUCGUUCGUCUUUGUCCAUGUGUCUUCAAGUUGGAUCCUUCUUAUCUACAAUCUUCAUCGGCAGCGGUUGUUAUUCUGGUGAUGUAGCGACCAAACCUCAAACGGUCCAAUCUCUGUGCUCAGGUGUCAUCCCUGGAUCAGUAAUGCUGACAUCACACAGUACUUGAAGGAUUUAUAACAGAGUAGCAAUCACACACUAUUACA